UUAGGUUUCUAAUAAAUCGCUGUCUGAUCAAUACUUCAUUCACAUUCAGAGUCAACGCCCUACUAUGUGAUAGAAUUAUUAAUUGAUGCAAAUAAUUCUAGCUGGCUCAGCCAAAGUUUAUCAGAUGGCGGCUUAUUUUGGCUUAUACAAUUAUUGUAUGGCGGCGGCUGAAAUUCCAAAUGGCGGCGCAAAUGGACGCGCCUGGCGGCGGCUUCGGGGUCUGCUUGAGCUAGCACCCCAAUUUACCCUGCCGGACCCUGCACACACAUUUAGGGUCCGGGAGGUUUAUUGGGUUUCAUUCUGAUGUAAAUGCGACGGGUCAGCGGUUCCGGGGUGGGGGGCUUGGGUAGAGGUGUUGCUGCGCUGUCUCCACAGAGACAACCCAGCGAUAUCAUCAUGAGCAGUUCUAACUGGAGAAUAAGUGACACCGCGAGCUGCUGAUCACGUAAGCGCAUUAAACAAAGAAGUUGAAAGAUGGUGCGUUCUACAAGAGAGACGCAGAGGAACUGUCCUUGGAGGCUUUUGUCGGGAAAUAUGUUGGUGUUUUUGCACUAAAUAGUUAAUCGCGUUUGCAGCCUACACUCUACGUGAACUCAUUCUUGCAUGCGGGUGUCUUCCUUCAUAAAAAAAUCAAAACAUUCAGGAGUAUGCAAAUGAUUCUUAAGAGGUCUAGACCCCGUGCAAAUCCCAUCCCGCCUUCUCCAGUGAACCAUGGUAGGGGGAUUUGACCCCAUCGGUUUUACACGGGAAACUUGAGAUAAGACGGUGAAAUCGCCGGGUGUACCAAGCUGUGACCGUACCGGCUUGUUAGUGUAAAAAAGCCUGAUAAGGAGAGGACGGCGAGUUAGAAAGCCGAGAAUUUGAAGCCUAAUUAGUAUUCAGCAGCAUAAACAGGGUGCCUACGCCAUUCUUUGUAACGAGAUUUCUAUUUGCAAAAACUGUUGGUUUAUUUUUAUUGAUCCCCUUCGAGAAUUUGUGUGUAAAGGGGGGGGGGGCUAGGCUAUAUUCUCGCCUUCCUACUUUGUAAAGGGCAUUGCAGGCCUGUUGCUUUUGGGCCGAUACUGCGCCCAUUCCUUGAUUUGUUCUGCCGCAGCACUCCAAACAAUUAAUUUCGUUCCAAUGUUCGUCCAAUCUACUCCUAUAGUUGUCCUGCAUUGAGUUUAAUCCAACUCUGAUGUCCAGUCCAGUUUUAAGUUUCAAGAAUAUUUAUACAUUCCCAGGGCAUGUUAAAUGAGUGCAUGCCAUGCCACUCAUAACACACUUGUAAAAUGCAGUCGUCAAUUGAUGGAAUGGGUUAUUUCAUACAUCAUCACAAACAAAAUUUGGAAUUAAUCAAAUAAAUUACAGAUAAAUAAUACUGAAAUGGCACUUUUUGGUUGAACACAUUUGAACUAAAUAAUUACGAUCCCCCAAUAUUGACCUGAAGAUGGCGCCACUGAUUGGUAGACUGUCGGAAUGGCAGUAGGCCUACUAAAAGGUGUCUGAAUGGGGGCAUGUGGGAAUGGCCGCAUGUAACCAUAACAAAGUUCAUAGCUAACAUGUACUGUGGACAGUACGGGACCAGGACGGAGUAAGGCCGUGAUGUACAAGUUGUUCUGUGGUGUGUCCUGAUUGGCUGAAGAGAAAUAGGUAUGUCGUUGUGUUCUAAAACUGGACCUGGCGAUUUGACACAAAACACUUUGACUAAUUUAAGAGAGAGGAAAAUAAAUCGAGGGGUCCGGAGCAAGUAUUGACAGAGACUUUAUUGCUACCCACAAAUAAGCAUCAAUAAAGGCGCAUGGUUUGCAAAGCACUGGCGGUCAACGGAUCGCGGCCUCCUCUUUAUUCACACACACAAAACAGUUUCUUUGUUUGAGGUUUCCGCCCACAAUCAAUCAUAAAUUCGUCGAACCAAAUUGUCAACAAAAUAAUUUAGGACACCAGGCUGCGGUCAGCACGCAUUAACCCCGUAGCUUCCUGCUCCUCUGGUGGGUUCCUUCCAACAUGCGCCCUGACCCCAGACUCUGUGGCACCGUGUCAGGCCCUGGAUCAGAAUCCAGAGACGCUUUAAAUGUUUUCUACCAUUAGAUAUAUAGGCCUGAUAUUAUUCAUGGUUUACCAUAGAAUAUAAUCAUUAAUUUCUACCACAACUGCUGCAACUUUUCCCCGGCGAAGUUCCAAAACAGCCUUGUUACAAGUCGUUGCGAGGCGAAUCUUUGGUCUGAGCUGGGUUUAAGAUCCCCGACAGAUUGAGCAUCAUUAUUCAUUUGUAGGCUGGGUUCAACAUGCCAGUGGACCACAGAUGGGAGAAUGAGAGGCCAGAGGAGGAACAGAACUUUAGAGGACGAGGAUUUCAGGAACAUAAAAAAAUAUAUGUUAGUUUGAAGGGUUGUUUAUCUUUGCUGUCUUUUUUAGCUGCUAGUGUGUUAUGAGUUAACAGGUUAUUGUAGCUGACAGAACACUGGCCAGCUGAUGUGAGGGUGAGGGGUUGCUGUCCUGUUAACUGCUAGCAUGUUGUGUGUGUGUGUGUGUGUGUGUGUGUGUGUGUGUGUGUGUGUGUGUGUGUGUGUGUGUGUGUGUGUGUGUGUGUGUGUGUGUGUGUGUGUGUGUGUGUGUAGGUUGUCUGGCUGCCUGGUCACACAGGAAGGCUUUGCUUCUCUGGCUUCAGCCCUGAGCUCCAACCCCUCCCAUCUGAGAGAGCUGGACCUGAGCUACAAUCACCCAGGAGACUCAGGUGCUGCCCUGCUCUCUGCUGGACUGGAGGAUCCACCCUGGAGACUGGACACUCUCAGUGUGGAGCACAGUGGAGUGUGGAGACUGAAACCAGCUCUAAAGAAGUAUGCCUGUGAACUCACACUGGACCCAAACACAGCCCACAGACGACUCUCUCUGUCUGAGGACAGCAGGAAGGUGACGCGGGUUGAAGAGGCCCAGUCGUGUCCGGAUCACCCAGAGAGGUUUGACGUCCAGCACCAGGUGUUGUGUAGAGAGGGUCUGACUGGCCGCUGCUACUGGGAGGUAGAGUGGGGAAGACGGGUUCAUAUAGGAGUGGCAUACAGAGGAAUGACAAGGAGAGGAGCGGGUGAUGACAGCCAGCUUGGAUGGAACAACAAGUCCUGGAGUCUUGUUUGUGAUGACGACAAUGAUGAUGUCUACAGUGCCGAUCACAACGGUAGUAUGAGAGCCAUACGUCUCCCCCCCCCUCGCUCUAACAGAGUAGGAGUGUAUCUGGACCGGCCUGCUGGCUCUCUGUCUUUCUACAGAGUGUCUCCAGGUGGAGGAGGGUCCUCAGACACACUGACACACAUCCACACCUUCCAGGCCUCCUUCACCCAGGAGGUCCUCCUCCAUGGGGUUGGGUUACGUAAGCCUGGUUCCUCAGUGUCUCUGGGAGUGUCCAUUGUAGAUACACAAGCACACACAAAGACCCAUGGCACGCACAUGUGCGUGCCAUGGGUCUUUGUGUGUGCCAUGGGUCUUUGUGUGUCUUUGCGUGUGCUUGCACGCACAUGUAGACAGUCAUAAACACACCCAAACCAACAAACACAUAUGUACAUAGAAAUUAACACACACACACACACAAACAAACACAUCGCACUCUAUAAACACACACACACAAACGUAUACAGACUUAUUCACACACACACACACACACACACACACACACACACACACACACACACACACACACACACACACACACACACACACACACGUACACAGACUUAUUUACACAGACAUGCAC